AGAUCGACAUAGAUCUUGUAAAGCAGCUAGCAGAAAAACAUAAAACUGCUCAUCCAUCAAGACCGAGAAAGCGAGUAAUAAAAGCUAAACCAAAUAUGUGGGCCAAAAUGCUCGUGACGACAGCAGCACUAAUAUCGUUAGAUCAAUCUUCCGGAUUGAAACUAAAGCCUAUAUCAGAUACAGGAUUCAUUUUCGAUCACGAAGGAUCUUGUCUUCUGAAGUCAGGUGUCUGGACUACUGAAAUUGCCACUAAUGUAUCACCGACCGAAGACGCAAAUUUUAUUAAUAGUAUUUGUAUGAACAUUAAAACCGCUGUUGAAGCAGUAAAGAAGAAGAUGAACCGCCCGACAAUCAUCGAUUUGACCGCCUCCAUAGAACAACAAUGUAUUGCAGCUAAACAGGAGAUUUUAGAGCCAGCCAGAACAAAAAGAGGAAAAGGAAUCUUCGGAUUUCUCAAGGAUUUGUUAUUCGGAGGUAAUGAGCUAGAAGACCAAAUUACGGCAAUGCACAUGAACGAAGAACAAAAGAUUCAUGACGUCACAUAUAGCUUAAAUCAACUAAGUGAAAAAACAAAUCAACAAACGAACCUCUUUGAAAAAGGAUUCGUCAUGCCUUCAACGGUAUAGAAAAAUUAAAUAACGAUAGCCUAUGCCAGAAUUUUAUCCGAUCAUUUAUUGGACACCAUGAUGUUAGCUAAACAACUGAUAGAAAGCAUCAUCUUCCGACAUAGAAAACUGAAAAAUCAUCCUAUCACUUUAGAAGAAAAAUAUGAAUUUAUCCAACAAAUAAAUAAACAUCUUCCUAAUGAUAGUUUUGUUCCAUUGGAUAAAUUUGCAACCCAAUACGAAAUCAACCUGAAAAACAGUACAUAUCAAAUAACAAUGAAAUCCAUGAUUAUUUCUAAGGAAUCAUAUGAAAUAUUCAAGGUAAUAAGUAUACCAGACAUCAAAAAUAGGACAAGAAUUUUCAUCGAUCCGCCAAAAAUAGCGAUUCAUCAACACUAUAAGUACUUCUAUCCAUCAGCAAAUAUAAAGCAAUUGAACAAAUCACAUUUUUUGCACGAUCGCACAACUAUUCAAACGGCAAUGACGUGUAUUCUUGCCGCUAUAUUUCACCAACAUCCCAUUGGAAAAUGCCCUACAACUAAUCUACCGACCUAUUACACAGAGGUAGUUUCACUAUCUAGAUCAAAUACAAUACUAUAUAUAGCCGAAGACCCGAGCGCUAUCACCAUACGCUGCGGAACCGAAUUAAAAGGCGUCACACACCCAAUGGCGAUUGUUGUACUAGAUCCUGACUGCGAGCUUAGAAUUAAAUACAGCAUGACACACGCUAGUAUUGGUGGAACAUCAUUAGAGAGAAAAAUAUUUUUCAAAAGUCAAAAAGAAAUGCCGUCUUCAACAAUCAACCUGCUUGAACCAAUGGAAACUUCAGAAGAACCUUUGACUACACACGAAUCACCCAAUCAACAGCAGAAAACAUCUAAGAACGACCAUAGCUCAAUAUACAACCUCACGGCUAUCCUGGCAAUUAUAUCAACAGUGCUCAUCGCAGCUAUAGUUAUCAGUAUGAUCUACUAUAAGAAAAGCAGCAGACGACGACCAAUUACAAAAUGACCAACGUUCAAAAUGACGAAUAAACCCACCCCUUUUCCGCGUAGACGACCACCAAGAAAGAUAACAGCCAUAAGCGAUGAAACAGUUUAAGCUUGUAUAACAAAAUUUAGAUUCUGUUGUUGCAAAAUUAAAGUAGAUAAUCAGAAACACACUAUAGAAGAUUUAACUUAAAACAAGCGUUUAAAGCAAAAUUAAGUUAUAAGGUACUCGUACGCAAAGAGAACAUUGACUAUCAAUGAACUAUGAAGCGUCGGCAGCUUGUUCUUGUAAGAUCUACUGGAUAGACUUACGGGGCCCGGUAUGUUUUGUCUCUUUAAUUUGUCUUUAUUUUAAUACGAUUCUCAUUACGAUUUUAAGACAAUUGCAGGAAUCGGCAAAAUGACCCUUUCGGCGAAAUGACUUUCGACGAAACGGCUUUCGGCGAAAUGGCUUUCGGCGAAAUGGCUUUCGGCGACAUGACCCUGAUCCAAUCGAAGCAUAUCUGGACUUGUGUCCCAAACGAGCCCGAGUGUUGACACCGACUGAUCAUCUUGCAGGUCCUGCAGUGUUUUAAUAGUUAGAUCCUCUUGAGCAAUACCAACAAGAGCUUCUGAAACAUUUGAUGCCCAUUUCUUGAUUCGAAGACCGGCUGAUUCGAGCAUGGCGGAUAUUUGUUGACGCUUUUGUAUAGCAGCUUGCAGAUCAUCCGAGCCCGAGAGUAAAUCAUCGACAUAAAAGUCUUCGGUGACGGCUACAGCUCGAGUACGAAAACGUAUCACGAUCGAGAGCAAAUCCUGCUGUACGACUGGACCAACGAGAAGUGUAUCGUUCAACGAGAACCCGGACGUGGUCUUGCAUGAGGCGUCGAAAACCACGCGAACCUUGGUGGUACUGCUUGUCUCCUUUAAUACCGGAUCAUGAGAUCGGAAUAUUCUUCCAAGAAUUUGUGAUAAGCGUUUUUUAUGCUUGCAUUUUUCUCGAGUUGUCUUUCAAG